AAAUCUACACUCGGCCAUGGUUUUCCCGGUAUUCCAGGUUCAAAUGGAAUGCCUGGAAUACCCGGGGCUCCAGGACCGCAAGGACCCCAGGGAAGGGAAGGUGUAAAAGGACAAAUAGGUGAUAAGGGAUCACAAGGAAUGCCGGGUCCAAGAGGAGACAGAGGGCGCGAGGGGCCUCCUGGGAAGAGUUGUCCGACAGGAAUAAAGGGUAUCAAAGGUGAACCGGGACUUGUGGUAAUAAAAGGAGAGCAAGGAGUUGCAGGAAUGAAAGGAGAGCGAGGCAUUGUGGGAAAUCAAGGAAGAAAAGGAGGCAAAGGAGAGAAAGGAGAAAGUGUCAAAGCAAGUCAAGCGAGUGUAGUACCACAAACCAACUGGAAACAAUGUGUGUGGAAAUCAAACAGCGAUACUGAUAACGGAAAGAUUAAGGUAAAUAAGAAUUUUGGUUUAUACGAGACCUCAGUACAAGUAUCCCAUGCAGAAGUACACCUCAAGAAAUAAAAACGAGGGCAAUUAGCUUUAUGUUCCCUUUCACUAGGCUUCUCAUCCUUCAAUUACGUUAAUCCUGCUUAAGCGGGUUCUUUUAUUUCCUUACUAUACACAGAACUACUUCAUAUUUCACAAGCUGUACCGACCUAAAUGCAAUAUAUGUUAUACCUGUAGUGUGUAUAUUAUUAAGCGUACCUUGUAUGACCUUCAAACACCUGACUAUGCACCACAAAGUCGGAAACUACGACAUUUUACUCGUCUUUUCUCUCUUACAGGAGUGUACUUUCAACAAGUUGGCGUCCGAUACAUCGCUCAAAGUCUCAUUUCAAGGAAACAUGAGGGUCAGGGGUAGUAUUCGGUGUAGCCGGUGGUAUUUCAAGUUCAAUGGAAACGAAUGCAGUGGACCAAUGACGAUUGAGGCUCGUGUCUACAAUCACUGGCCGUCCGGUAAUACCAAUAAUAAUCAGCUGAAUCAUCGGUCAUUUGAGGGGUACUGUGAAAACAUUCCACAAGGGGCGGUUAGAGUGGAAUUAUGGGUAGGACAGUGUGGUAGCCGAACCUUGAGUGAUGCUUACACUGGGUGGGAAUCAGUGUCUCGGAUAUUGAUUGAGGAAGUAUCUAGGCCCCAUGGAUAA